GAAGAAGAAGAAACUCUACCGUGUCAUUGGUUGUUUGAUCAGCAUGUCGUUUGAAUGGGAAGCGGAAGUUGGCUGAGUUGCUAAAGGGAAGCUAACUACGACUAACGUCCUUAACAUAUAUGUAAGAACCUGUAAAAAUUGCAUUUUUUUAAAUCGACCGAUAACAUAAUGUUUAAAGUCAGACCACCAUUGUCCUGACCUUGUAAUAAACAUUUGUACGAAAAGGAAUCAGUCUGAUGAAGGCUCACCUACAGCUGGCAGGAUGCAGCAGAAAAGGAACAUCCAGAUCAUCGAGUGGGAGGACCUCGACAAAAGGAAGUUCUACUCUUUCGGGGUGUUCAUGACAAUGAGCAUCCGGGCCACUGUCUACCCGGCUACUCUGAUCCGCACCCUGCUGCAGGUGCAGAGAGGCACAUCACUGUACAACGGCACCUUUGAUGCUUUCUUCAAGAUUCUGCGGGCUGAGGGUGUUCGAGGCCUUUAUCGUGGAUUUAUGGUCAACACCUUCACACUCAUCUCAGGCCAGGCUUACAUCACCACCUAUGAGCUGGUGAGGAAGUAUGUCUCCCAGUAUUCCGAUGACAAUACGGUCAAGUCCCUGGUGGCAGGCGGCUCAGCCUCUCUGGUGGCUCAGAGCAUUACCGUUCCUAUAGAUGUGGUCUCUCAGCAGCUGAUGAUGCAGGGCCAAGGGGAGCACCUCACCCGCUUUCGUCUCAAUGCUGACGAAAAGUCAAAAAAAAUGUUCGGCCAAACCAGGACCAUCAUGGCUCAGAUUUUUGCUGCUGAUGGUUUCCGGGGCUUCUACAGGGGAUAUGUGGCAUCUCUGCUCACCUAUAUCCCAAACAGUGCCGUCUGGUGGCCUUUUUAUCAUUUUUAUGCCGAGCAGCUCUCUAAACUGGCUCCCAGUGACUGCCCUCAUCUGAUUCUACAAGCCAUGGCCGGACCUCUGGCUGCCGCUACUGCCUCAACUGUCACCAACCCAAUGGACGUGGUCAGAGCCAGAGUGCAGGUUGAAGGGAGAUCUUCUGUCAUCGAGACUUUCAACCAGCUGAUUAAAGAGGAGGGCUGUUGGGGACUGACCAAAGGACUGUCCGCACGCAUCAUUUCGUCCACACCCACUGCCAUCGUCAUGGUGGUCGGCUAUGAGACGCUGAAAAAACUGAGUUUGCGACCGGAGCUGGUGGACUCGAGACACUGGUAGAAAAAUUCUGCUCUGAUGAUAUAUGGACCACGUGCCAGUUUAGCGCUAAUGAGACCUUGUGUAAAAACUCUGGAUUACAGAUUUUCUUUUAAAAGAACAACCUGGGGAACAAAAUGAAAUCAGGACACUGUAGAUACAAUUACCUGUGUGUCCAACGAAUGUGAGCAUUCAAAGAUAAUACUCUUAGAAAACCUAGCGGCCAUUGACAUUCACACCAGAUCCAGGUUCAGUUUGUAUUGCUGCUUAACAUGGCUGAUGCUAUUUAGUGUAAUAUAAAGGGGGUGAAUAAAAUGUUGCUUUUACACUGGAAGAUGCCGACACAUUUAUCCAACUUUUUAGACAAUUGAUUUUGCACGCUGUACAAUCAUGUUCAAGCUUCUUUGCGGUGGAGAAAAGUUAAAUUGAUUCCUGAUAAAAUGUUUUUAUCUUUGAUAGUUUGUGCGACAGAUUGCUGUUUGAGCGGUCCCAAAGCCAAGUGCUGUUGGCCACGCGUAAAUAAAGAAAAAAGAGUGGUUUUGAUCAGGCUUCAGAUAAAGGUCAUAUAAUGUAUUAUGACAUAUUCAUGUCAGUAAUAAUCAAAGGUUUGUUUUCCUUCACUUUGUCACUGGCAUCUAUGUCUUGUUCCUUUCCUUGGGCCUUUUCUUUUUUUAAAUAUUUGCCUUCAUUGUAUAUUCAAGAUGCAAUAUCUGCUAUUUUUGCUGUUUGUGUGAGAAGACUAGGUGUUGGAAUCUGUGUGUCAUGGCAGCCUGUGUUGUUGGUGUAUUUAAUUUACUGAUGUUUUGUAGCUGCACAAAAAAAAGACUAUAAAUUCCACGCAAAACAGUAAACGUACAUACAAUAUUUGAUCAGCAUUUGUUUGUAACAUUCUAAUAUGCUGUUUGUUUGAUAUUGUAAAACAUAAUGCAGUGAUCGCCCGGGUCAAUAAAUGAACUUGUGUCCUGGAUGCUUCCAGGAAAUGGAGAAUGAUUGAGGUUGUUCAGUUUUAACCUGAUUGAAGGAAAGCCGAAAUAAUACUUUUUCCAUCUUGUGAUAGUACAUCUUUUUGUGCAAUAUUCUAAAUAAGUUAUCCUUUUCGGCACAAAAUGUGAUUGUAUAUUAAUUGUAAAUUGUGUGACUAAUGUGAUAAAGGAAUGCAUCAUACCUUAUUUAUUUUCUUUAUUUAUUUUGGCGAGCAUGAACACAGAAGUGUUCCACUUUCAAAUGAUGCUUAAGACAAGUUAAAUGCUGUCACUGUAUUUUCAUCAAGGACAAAGCUGAAUGGCAAGGGGCGGUGUUUGUUUGACUGAAGUUAAAUUCCUUUAUCUGCAUUUGUUUAAAAUGAAGCCCUAACAACCCGUACGGUUUUCUGAAGUUCUAUAUAAAUCUGCUCUUAAACCGUGCCAAGAUGUAACACCCGAUGAACUCUGUUUUACUAAAGUCUGCAAACCCUGUUUGGAAAAGAGAAUCUGUCUUUAAUAAAAAUGACUAAAGUCUGGAAUUGA